AUGUCACCACCAUCAAAGAUUGAUGAAUCAUAUGCAGAAAUUGAAAAUCCAAAUUCAUGGUAUACACCAAUUGAUUCAAUAUCAAAAGGAAUUAAUCAUUUAACUGAUUCAUUUAUUAAUAAACAAAAGACUCAUGAUAUUCAAUUUAGAUUAAAUCAAUUAAGAAAUUUAUAUUUUGCAAUUAAUGAUAAUGUUGAUGAAAUUUGUGAAGCUUUAGAAGCUGAUUUUGGUAGAGUUCCAAGUGAAACAAAAAAUUUAGAAUUAUUAGGUGGAAUUAAUGAAUUAGUUCAUACAAUGGCAAGUUUACAUGAAUGGUUAAAACCUGAAAAAGUUACUGAUUUACCAAUAACUUUAAAAACAAAUCCAAUUUAUAUUGAAAGAAUUCCUUUGGGAGUUGUUUUAAUUAUAUCACCAUUUAAUUAUCCAUUUUUUUUAAGUUUUUCUGCUGUUAUUGGAGCAAUUGCAGGUGGUAAUUGUGUUGUUUUAAAACAAUCAGAAGCAACACCAAAUUUUUCAAAAUUAUUUACUGAAAUUUUAACAAAAGCUUUAGAUAAAGAUAUAUUUUUUGCUGUUAAUGGUGGUAUUCCAGAAACCACUGAAUUAUUAAAUCAAAAAUUUGAUAAAAUUAUGUAUACUGGUAAUGGUACAGUUGGUAGAAUUGUUGCUAAAAAGGCAGCAGAAAAUUUAACUCCUGUUAUUUUAGAAUUAGGUGGGAAAUCACCAGCUUUUGUAUUAGAUGAUUUAACUGAUAAAGAUUUAGAAAUUGUUGCAAGAAGAAUUGCAUGGGGUAGAUUUACAAAUGCUGGUCAAACUUGUGUUGCAGUAGAUUAUGUAUUAGUGCCAACUAAAUUACAUUCAAAAUUUGUUUCUUUGUUAGUUAAAAUUUUAAAUGAAGAAUUUUAUCCAAAUUUAAAUGAAAAAGAUCCAAAUUUUACUCAUAUAAUUCAUGAUCGUGCUUUUAGUAAUUUAGUUAAAAUGAUUGAUUCAUCAAAAGGUGAUGUUGUUGUUGGUGGAAUAAAUAAAGUUGAUUCAAAAUCAAGAUUUAUUCCACCAACUGUUAUUGAUAAUGUUAAAUUUUCAGAUUCAACUAUGCAACAAGAAAUUUUUGGUCCAAUAUUACCAAUUAUUGAAUAUGAUAAUUUAUCAACUGCUAUUUCUGAAGUUGUUAGACAACAUGAUACUCCAUUAGCUCAAUAUAUUUUUACAUCUGGUUCAACAUCAAGACAAUAUAAUAAACAAUUGAAUCAAAUUUUAACAAGUGUUAGAUCAGGUGGUACAAUUAUUAAUGAUGUAUUAAUGCAUGUUGCUUUAAUUAAUGCACCAUUUGGUGGUAUUGGAGAAUCCGGUUAUGGAUCAUAUCAUGGAAAAUUCUCAUUUAGACAUUUUACUCAUGAAAGAACUACAAUGGAACAAAAAUUAUGGAAUGAUUUUAUGGUUAAAGCAAGGUAUCCACCACAUUCAAAUGCAAAAGAUCUGUUGAUUAAAACUUCACAACAAAGUUAUGCUGGUAAUGUUUGGUUUACAAGAAAUGGUAAUGUACCAGUUAAUGGACCAGGUAUAUUUUUCAGUUAUUGGCAUACAUUUACUGGUGUUUUGGGUUUAAUUGGAGAAUUUGCAUCUGGAAAAGCUUAG